CGCUGUAAAGCCGUGGAGAUUUUCUGGUGCAGGAGGGGGAAGGGAGUGAACGUGUAUGAGAGAAAGAGACAGAGAAAGAAGGGACUGAGGUGUUGUCAGCAAUAUGAAGGGGAGUGUAGUUUCUUAAUUCUGCAGGCAAAACCGCUGGAUUACAGUUAUAGGGCAAAUCAUUGGAUAUCAAGGCAAAUAGUCAUUUUUUUCCAGUGUGUAUUUCACUGGCCUCGAUGAAGGUGUUUUAUUCUUUUUGAUGGGCUCACUUAUGCAGCAGACAGUUCGACAUUGUAUGCCGUACCAGCGCAGAGGUUGUCUCCGAGAUCAGUCCAAAUCCUGCAAGCUGCGAUGCGCAGCCACCCGCACAAAAGAGCGCACAUACCCGCUACGCUAUGCUUUCAAUGGCUGCUUCUAACCAUACAGGGUUGCAUGUCAUUUUUGGUAACUGUCCAAAAUAAUAGCAUCACAAUGGCACUGGAACCAAAUGACAUUACAGCAUCUGUUUCAGGGUAUAUGAUAAACAUCACUGGAGAGUCCAAAAACUACAUAUUUGAAUUCAAGGACCUUAAUGGCACUGUGCCUCCCUCUUUGGUGUUCAAUGCAAGAUACCAUGGCCUUUAUUAUGUGCUGACUCUGAUGAUGAGGAGUGAAAAUGUCACUUCUAAGCCUAUAAAGUCUAUUCCUGUUUUAACAAAACCCCUUCCUGUGAACUGGGUUUCUAUACAUGACUAUAAGCCUUCCCCUGAAACAGGAGUCAUCUUUGAGAUUAAAUACCCAGAAAAGUACAAUCUGUUUACUCGUGUGAAUAUUAGCUACUUGGAAAGCACAGAACCACGUUCUAUCUUGUACAAAGAUUUCUUCAGAGGGAAGGCAAUUUUUAAGCACUGGUUGCCUGGGACUUGUUACAGCAACGUUACAUUCCAGUUGGUUUCAGAAGCAAAUGUUAACAAAAGUACACUGGUCCAGUAUAGUGGGAUUGGUCAUGAACCACAGCAGCACAGGAUGGUGCCCAAUCCACCCAUCAACAUUUCACUUCACUUAAUGCACAUAAAGAGAAGUUCUCUGUCUGGUAACGAGAUACCAUUGCAUCAAAGAUAUGUGGAAGAGUCCAGCACUGAUCAAUCUGACAAUACCAGACUGCUUAAUGAUUCUUACAUCUCAGAUCAUAACAGCAGUGACUCUGAAACCUCUGCUUCUUCUGACUGGCCACAUUCAGUGACAGCCUUUUCCAGUGAAAGUGAAGAAUUUAUCAACCAGCUGGUGGAGAAUGAGUAUGAGAACGAAAUGGGAUCUGCUAUUGAAAAUGACACUUUUCAGCCACUGCAGCUGGAACUACGAUGGCUUCCUCCUAAUCCUCCAACAGCAUAUGAUGGUUUCAUUAUAUACAUUGUUAGAAAUGGAAACUCCAGUGAUAUUGUCCAGGUGGAUGAAAACACUCAUGAAUUUUUCACUGAGAUCAAAGAACCAGGAAUUUACAAAGUGUCUGUCACUACAUUUAGCUCAUUUGGAAUGUGUAAAUCCAGGGAAAGCAUUAGUGACACUAGUAUCACUUUUUACCUAAGCCCAAGUGGAGAAUGGUUUGAAGAGCAAAAGGAACCACCACAAAAUGUCAGCGUACAUCUGUUGAGUUCUACCAUUGCAUCUGUCGCCUGGUCCCAAAGUUCAGAAAAUGACAAUAGGUUCCUGUUGUCAGUUUUCUCCCUGACUUGUGCUAAAGCCAAUUUUAACCAGAGAAUGGAGCACCACUACUGUAGCCAGGUAAAUUCCACCAGCCGUAUAAUUGAAAAUCUGACUCCGGGAGCUCAGUACCAGGUUGUUGUCUUCUACAAAAAUGGACCUUUGAUCGGCCCUCCUUCAAAAACAGUUAUAUUUGGAAUUGAGCCUACUGGAGUCAGAGACUUGAUGCUUUACGCCAUGGAGCCAAGACUGGUGAUUCUCAGCUGGAGUCGGCCUCGCAAUGUGGCCUUUCGCAAAUAUGUAGUGGAUAUGUUUUACCUAAACCCUUUCACUUUGUCUGCGGAGUGGAGAACAUAUUAUGAAAUUGCUGGAACAGUUUCACUGACAUCUUCUAUAAGAAUAAAUCAUCUAUUGCCAGCCUGGUACUACAAUUUCCGUGUUACUAUGGUAACUUGGGGUGAACCACCAUUGAGUUGUUGCAACAAUUCCACAGUGAGCUUCAUUACAGCACCAGAGGCACCGGAGAUUUCUUCUGUGACCUAUUCUAGUAAUCUGCUGUAUGUCACUUGGCAUUAUGGGGACAACACCACUGACCUGUCCUACUCCAGGAUAUCGCACUGGUUGGUUGUAGCAGAGGGACGAAAGAGAGUUCGAAAAAGCAUAUCAUCAGAUGUGACACGAACAGUAAUGAAAGCUGUAUUAAGUGUGCCACCAGGAGACAUCUACAACAUUACAGUUACUGCCUGCACAGAGAGAAACAGGAGCACAUCAAUUGCACGAAUCAUCAAAUUAGAGCCAGCCCCUCCAAAGUCUUUAUUUGCUGUGAACAAAACGCAGAAUUCUGUUACUUUGCUGUGGGUGGAAGAAGGCAUUGUUGAUUCCUAUCAAGUUUUGUGUAAAAGUUCCUAUGACAGCAGAGACCAGAAGGCAGAGCAACUGACUGUGAAUUCUCAUGUGGUGACAUUUUCAAGUCUGUCUCCGUCAACAACAUAUAACUGCAGUGUGACCAGUUUCAGUCAUGACAUGUCCAGUGAACCUGCCUUUAUAGCUGUCUCUACACUGGUGGCAGAGAUGAAUCCUAAUAUUGUGGUGAUAUCUGUCUUGGCAGUUUUGAGUAUCUUUCUUAUUGGCUUGCUUCUCCUCAUCCUGAUUGUCCUGAGGAGGAAGCACUUGCAGAUGGCCAGGGAGUGUGGUGCUGGAACAUUUGUCAAUUUUGCUUCUUUGGAGAGAGAUGGGAAGCUUACGUAUACUUGGCACAGGAGCAUUUUUGCUUUCCUCAAACUCCUGCCAUCAUGCCUAUGGACAGACUAUCUUUUGGCUUUUUAUGUUAAUCCCUGGAGCAAAACAGCAUUAAAGAAGAGGAAGCUAACUCACCCUGUUCAGCUGGAUGAUUUUGAUGCGUACCUCAAAGACAUGCACAAAGACUCCGAUUACAAAUUUUCCUUGCAGUUUGAGGAUCUUAAGCACAUAGGCAUUGAUCUUCCACAUGAAGCAGCAGAACUUCCAGUAAACAGAACCAAAAAUCGCUAUACAAACAUCUUACCAUAUGAUUUUAGCCGUGUGAAACUGAUUUCUGUACAUAGCAGUGAGGGCUCCGAUUAUAUUAAUGCUAACUUCAUUCCGGGUCAUAGGCUGACUCAUGAGUACAUUGCUACUCAGGGGCCUCUGCCAGAGACAAGAAACGACUUUUGGAAGAUGGUUCUACAACAGAAGUCACAGAUCAUUGUCAUGCUCACUCAAUGCAAUGAACGGAGGAGAGUAAAAUGCGACCACUACUGGCCUUUCACAGAAGAACCAGUAAGUUACGGUGAUAUAACUGUUGAAAUGACAUCCGAAAAAGAAUCAACAGAAUGGGCCAUUCGGCACUUUAGACUUUGUUAUGCUGACGAAACACAGGAAGUCAUGCAUUUAAACUAUACAGCCUGGCCUGAUCAUGGAGUUCCUAAUGUCAAUGCAGUCGAGAGUAUCCUCCAUUUUGUGCAGAUCGUCCGACAGCAGGCUGCAAAAAGUAAAGGACCUGUAAUAGUGCACUGCAGUGCUGGUGUUGGAAGAACAGGAACUUUCAUAGCCUUGGAUCGCCUUAUGCAGCAUAUAAAGGAACAUGAAUUUGUAGAUAUACUAGGCCUUGUGGCAGAAAUGCGGACAUAUCGACCAUGCAUGGUACAAACAGAGGAGCAGUAUGUGUUCAUCCACCACUGCAUACAGGUUAUGUGGAAGAAGAAAAAGGAACAGUACACUGCCAGUGACAUUAUUUAUGAGAAUGUUGGCAAGUCUUAAAUGUUAUGAAAAUGAUCCGCGUCAAGCCAUGACAUAAAAAAAAAAGACUUGCUGCUCUUUGCUUUGUGCUUUAGCACUUGUUUUCUGACAAGGACAAGUAUUUUGCCAACUAGUCUGAAUCCAUGGAGUUUGUUUUUAGAGGAAACCCUGGGGAGGUCACUGCCAUAAAAUAAAUUACAAUGUUUGCAGGAUUACAUUCCUUUUGGAUUUCUGCACUGCCGGACCAAACAUGGAAGAAUGAAGUGGACAGGGCAAAUAAAUGUAUGGUGUAAAAGUUGGAAAGUUCUCUUUGAAGAAUCGUUGGAAUUCCAUUAUCCUGAACUUUUUUAACUUGAACUGUCAACUGGGACACAGUACAAUAAUCGACUUUUCUUGUCUGCUCCUUUCAAAUCAUCCAAUUUCCAUAUCCAAGGUGCAGUUCAGUUGUGGAAGUUCAUAGUAAAACUAAUAUGUUAGUGUAUGAUGUUAUCACAGAACCAGUCAAUCAAAGCAGAUUACUGUAUUUUAUAAAAAUGAUUUAUAGGUUAAGAGAAUCUAGAUACAGAGACAAGCUUUAAUAUUCAUACAUAUUAAAGCUCCGCAUUAUUUUAAAACCGAUACUGUGAAAUUCAAGUAUCUUGCGUUGCAUUAUUACGUGAAAUAAACUGCACUGUCCAGUUGAUUUGAUUGUGUAUUUCCUAAUUUUCAACAGAAGUGAAUUUAAGGAAGAACUCAUCAACAAAGUCAGUGUGAAAAAUGAAAUCUGAAACAUUACUAACAUACGGUACACUGCUGAACAUAUUUCUUCUUUCUGGUUCCUAAUUUCAUAACUGUCACCAGGUCAAGUUGUGAAGGGUGCCACAAUGGCAUGACUGAAAAUAAUGAAUUUGAUGCAGAUUCCUGACAUUAAAAUAUGUCCAUUAGCAUGUACACCGGGGCACAACUGAAAAGUAGCUAGGAGUAGAUUUGUACGCAAAUGGUAAAUAACACUUUUUCACACUGAGAUUUGUAAAUAUUUUGUCACCAGUUGCCUACUAGUGUGGUGCCAAGUAGCAUAUUAUGGGCCUUUAGGUCUUAAUGUUAUAUUCAUUUGGAAACACUAGGUUGGAUAUUCAUCUGGUGACUAUUGGCUUUACCUGCAGUCAGAUACGCUGUAUUGUCAAAUUUGUUCAAAAUUAUUCACUAUUAAAGGUGGAAGUGAUUAACCACUAA